CCUGCGUAGAAAUAAAGCGCGCGUUUUCCAGUUAGUUGUUUAGUUUUGUUUUGUUUGAUUUAUCAGAACACUUGCGCUGCGCCACAAAAAAGGAAGAAGAAAAAACUCGAUCGAAGGAUAUGGAUUUAAACGGUUGUUCGCUAACGUGUACUGUUACAAUGGAAUGGUUAAAUCCUCAAGGAUCUAUCUUAAGGAAAGCAACGCACAGAACGGCAUUACUGCGACUGAUUCGAAACAAUCAGCGCGAGAUGCUCAUCGAAAUACAAGCAGAAAAGGCGAAUAUAUCCACGAAAUUACCCUUAAAAAAUAUAUCUGUUUUUAAUAAAUUUAUGACUGAAGGAAAGGCAUCUAUAAAAUUCAAGGAACAAAAUUGCACAUUGUUCUUGUCGAAUGCACCUUCCUCUCAAUUAAUAAACUUUUUGAAGACUAUAUUCAUCAAGAUGACGAAUCAAGAAGAAAAGGCGGAUCCUCUGAAAGAGAAGCUCUUUGCAAAUGUACAACAUGGUGGUGUUGAAGAUGUUAGUCCAUCUACUAGCACAGAGAUCAACAGAGCAAAGGAGAAAGCUAUGACUAUAUCGCGUGCAACAAUCACUACUCCUUCACCAAGCACCGUUAAGAAGCGAAAAUAUUUGAGUGAUGACACUUCUAAAAUAUCAUCGGCGAGAAAGCUAUAUGAUAAUUUUACCACUGGAGAAUUAACUGAGGAACAAAUUAAAAUCUUGAAUGCAGUACUUGACGGGAAGAAUAUAUUUUUCACUGGAAGCGCAGGCACUGGCAAGUCGUUUCUCUUAAAGAAGAUAAUAUCAACUCUUCCUCCAGAUGUAACAAUGGCUACAGCGAGUACUGGAGUAGCAGCUUGUCACAUAGGUGGAAUCACGUUACAUCAAUUUGCUGGUAUUGGUUUGGGUACAGGUACCAAGGAGAGAUGCUUUCAGCUAGCUUCUCGUCCAUCUGUAAUUUCAAUAUGGAGAAAAACCAAACAUUUAGUUAUAGAUGAAAUUUCUAUGGUAGAUGGUGAAUUUUUCGAUAAGAUUGAGGCAGUGGCAAGGCACGUACGUAGGACAGAAAGACCUUUCGGAGGAAUACAGUUAAUUUUAUGUGGUGACUUCUUUCAAUUACCUCCUGUAUCUAAAAUUAAUGACAGAGCAAAAUUUUGUUUUCAAAGUGAAGCUUGGCAACGAUGUAUUCACUUUAACUUUGAAUUACAAAUAGUCCAUAGACAAAAAGAUGAAGCAUUUGUAAAAGUAUUAAAUAGCAUCAGGAUAGGUAGAGUUACAGAUGAUAUUGUAAAUACUUUGAAAGAAACAGCAAAACAACAUAUUGAAAGUAAUGGAGUAUUAGCAACUAGAUUAUGUUCGCAUGUUAAGGAAGCUGAUGAAAUUAAUGAAUUCCAAUUGAAUGAACUUAAAAGUGAAACUAAAUUGUAUACAGCGUUAGAUUCUGAUAGUUCUAUGACAUAUAUGUUGGAUCAACAGUUACCUGUACCGGGCAAAUUAAUAUUGAAAAUUGGCGCUCAAGUCAUGCUGCUAAAAAAUAUAAAUAUUAAUAGCGGAUUGGUAAAUGGAGCUCGAGGUGUUGUUAUUGAUUUUAAAAAUGAUAUACCAAUAAUUCAAUUGUGCUCUGGAGCUCAUUACGAGGCAAAAAUGGAGAAAUGGACUAUUAAAACCAGUUCUGGUGUUCUUGUACACAGAAAACAAAUCCCAUUAAAAUUAGCAUGGGCUUUUUCAAUUCACAAAAGUCAAGGUUUAACUUUAGACUGUGUAGAAAUGUGCCUAUCAAGAGUAUUUGACGCAGGCCAAUCUUAUGUAGCAUUAUCAAGAGCUCAGAGUUUACAGAGUUUACGCGUUUUAGAUUUUAAUAGUCAACAGGUGUGGGCUAAUACAACUGUGCUUGAAUUUUAUAAAAAGUUCAGGAGAAAUUUGCAAGAGACGGAGACAAUUCCUUUAGGCAAAAAAAGUAAAAUAAAAUUAGAGAUUAAUAAAAAAUGAUAAUAAAUUUUUUUCUUUUCUACGUACACAA